AGGCGGGCGGGACAGCACGAUAGGUGCCCACAGGCCCGUGGGGGCCGGGCGGCCGCCGGGGACACCCCCGCGGCCUGGCCGAGGGCCGGCCGUGCCCCCCGGGCCGUGCCGGGCUCCAGCCGCCGCCGCUGUGGGGGCGGCGGGGCUGCGCAGGGCCGGGCCGGGCCGGGCCGGGGGGGCGCCCGCCGGGGCGGUCUGAGCGCGGGACGCGGCGGGCGCUGGGCGGUGAGAGGAGGGGCGGCGCCGCGGCCGUUGGCGGCGGCCGUUGAGGCGCGGGCUGCGGCCGUUGGCGGCGGCGGUUGCCCGUGAGGCGCGAGCGGCGCAGGGAGCCGGCGCCGACCGCCGCCCCCAUGUCGCUGCCGGUGGUGCUGCCGGGCUCCUGCUGCCCCGUGACGGGGCUCGCCGCCGUCCCCCAGGCGACAGCGGCCGCCGCCACCGCGGUGGCGCAGCCGCCGGGCUCGCUGGCCGCCGCCGACCCCUCGCUGCCGCCUCUUCGCGCCCGCUGCUGCCGCGCGGGCUUCCCGCAGCAGCGGCCGCGCCCGCCCGCGCUCUCCCCUCUCUCCGCCCGCCGCGCCGCCGCCGCGGGGCCGGGGCCGGGCCCGGGGUCCGGAGCGCUGCCCGCCCGCCCGCUGCUCUCCCUGGGGCUGCUGCAGCUCAUCCUGGGCUGCUGCAUGGUGGCGCUGAGCUUCGGGGCGCUGUCGCUGAGCGGCUCGGCGCAGGUGAAGAACGCCUGUCCCUUCUGGGCCGGCUCCUCGGUAAUCUUAUCAGGAAUCAUAGGCUUAACGACAUGGAAGAGACCAAUGAUACUUUUGGUUAACCUGUUUGUUCUGCUGUCUGUCAUCUGUGUUCUUCUGAACCUGGCUGGAUUUAUAUUAGGAUGUCAAGGCGCUCAGUUUGUGUCCAGUGUACCCAGAUGUGAUUUGGUGGACAUGGGUGAAAACAAGAUUUGUUUCUGCUGUGAAGAAUUUCAUCCCACUAAAUGCACAGAAAAGGAGAAUGCGCUGAAGCUAUACCCAGUGAAGUCAUGUAGUGCUGUUCACCUUCUUCUUAAGAAAGUUCUCUUUGCUCUCUGUGCCCUGAAUGCUCUCACCACCACAGUUUGCUUGGUAGCAGCUGCUCUGCGUUACUUACAGAUAUUUGCAACAAGAAGAACCUGCGCAGAUGAAUCUCAGGUUUCCACAGAAGAAACUGAAGAACAAGGUCAUGUUUCAGAUCCUGAAGAUUUUGUCCCACCUGUGCCACCUCCGUCAUACUUUGCAACAUUUUAUUCUUGUACUCCCAGAAUGACUCAUAGGAUGCUUGGCUCUGAUGUGAUUCCAUUACCACAUAUUUAUGGAGCUGGAAUUAAAGGAGUUCAAGUGUUCUGCCCGCUGGAUCCGCCUCCUCCUUAUGAAGCUGUGGUGAGCCAGAUCAGCUGUGAACAGGAAGAUACACUACAAAUGGGUGUGGUGGAAGCUGCUACUGAUUCUGUGGACACAAGUGAUAGGCAGGCCUCUCAAGAUGAAGAAAUUCCUAAGUCUUCCAGCAGAGUGAGCCUUUCACCUUCAAAUGCAAACCCAGUGCCUGCAGACAAGAGAGCCUUCAAUCCCCUACAGAAACGGUCCAAAAGUGACCCCGUACUGCACUGCCUGCUGCCUCAAGGUCCAGUGCAAAGCUGUGAAGCUGCAACUCAGACUGAAUUAAAACCAGAACUUGAUACUGUCACCUUGCGGAAGAGUUUAAGAGCAAGAGCUUUGAGGGCAAGACCCCGAUCUUUGAUAGACUACAAGUCCUACAUAGACACUAAGCUGCUUGUGGCACGCUUCCUAGGGCAGUCCUCCUGCAGCAUGACCCCUGACAUACAUGAUUUGGUGGAAAGUAUCAAGUCUGUUUUAAAAUCGGAUGAAGAACACAUGGCAGAAGCUAUCACCAGUGCCACCUUUCUUGAGCAGGUGAUGGCCCCUGCCCAGCAAUCAAUGUCAUCAAGGGCCCAUGUGCUACCUUUUAGACAACAUCCUGGAUUGCUGCACCUGGAGAGCUGUGGUGAUUUGAGUACUUUCACAACAGCUGAAAGUCAUUUAUCAGAGAGAAGGAUCCAGGGACUAGAACAUGAAAGGCCUCACAGUCUUAUUGGAGUUGUAAGGGAAACUGUACUGUGAGUUGAUAUCUCUCUGUUCCUCAAUAGAGCAUUUCUGUCAGGCAUACUUGCUGAACAGAAAAAUCAUCUCUGACACGUAGGUGGAAGAAUGUGUCGCUAAUCCAUACUUUAUACCCUCCUGCUCAGACUCCUAAAAGGAAGCUCACUGUACAAAACCUCCUAAUCAGUUUCCAAGCUGGCCUUUAAACUGGGCUAUUCAGAUGGAACUACCAUGUUUGUGAUAUAGUACUGUUCUUUUGCACCUAUGUAGUCUGUCACCACUUAGGAUGCAAUUGUUUUUGAUACUCAGUUUACAAGAGAUACGGUAGAAUGGUUCUAUGCCUUGGUUUAUCUGAGGUGAGGCAAGAACAGUUAUGCAUGCGUGCACUUUGUAUCUCACUGAAGAAUACAGGCCAGAGUCAAUGCUUGUGUUUAUAUGGUGUAAAUUACUGUUGCUUCAUUGAUUUUUAGCAAUUUACUUCCUCAUACAGGUGCUUCUUAUAUAUCAGCAGCCAUCCAUGCUGAGAGCAUUUACCAUUUACACAGCCAUCUCCAAUCCGCUGCAAAUGUGCAUAUAACUACCCGAGGUGGUUUUGGCAACAUUAGCCACUAGGCCAAAGUGACCUGUGAGUUGAUACUCUCUGGCAAAUAUAUAAAUGCAUAAGCCAGUUGACUCAAGCUGUUGACUGCUGCUACUUUGUCAAACUCUAUUCUCUAUGUAUGCUGCUAACUUGGAACACACUAAGUGUUUCCAGAGGCUGGGAUCAGGCACACAGUGUUUAUUUCCAAAGCUAGUUGUAGCCUUCUGCAACUCAGCAGGACAACUAAAUAUUCCUGCUAUUAUUUUAAAGAUAAAGCUUCAUCUAACAAUUAUUGAACAGCUUUCCUACUGAAAAAUAAAAAGCUUUAAAGUGAACUUGAAUUAAACUUGUUCAGAAGGAGAAACUGUUCAUGCGGUCUGACUCAUGAAAGAUAACUUGAGUAAAAUAAAAUGUUUACUCUAGAAUUGGUGUGUGUGGGGGGGUUCCUGUCUGGUAAGGCACAUAUGUUAGGCCUCUUAAUAUUUCUGCAGCAUAGGCAUAUUGUCUUUACACACCCAAUAAAAACUGUGGGGGUUUUGUCUUGU